AUUAUAUAUAAUUAUAAAAAUCUUUGUCGAGUAACAUCCUCGCCCUCUCUCGUCUUUUGGCUGGAUCGGUAUCUGUUUCAUUUUCCUCUCAAAAUCUCCCAAAAAAGAGACUUUCGUCUCCUCCGAUCCUUUCCUCGUCUUGGUUUAUGAGCUCGAAGGAGAAACCCACUCUUGGUGGAACGCGGAUUAAGACCCGCAAACGGAAUAUUGCUGCGCCCCUGGACCCUGCAGCUUUUGCUGAUGCAGUGGUCCAGAUCUAUUUGGAUAAUGCUGGUGAUCUGGAACUUGUUGCCAAGAACGUUGAGUCUUCAGAUCUUAACUUCUCGAGAUACGGUGACACCUUCUUUGAGGUUGUUUUCACUGGAGGACGCACACAACCAGGCACAAUUAAACCUGAUGAGGGGGAGCGACACCCAUACUCUAUCAUAGAGUGUGAGGCUAAUCGCGAAGCCAUUUUGCCAUCUGUGAUCUAUGUACAGAAAAUCUUACGGCGAAAACCUUUUUUGAUAAAGAAUCUCGAAAAUGUUAUGCGAAGAUUCUUGCAAUCAUUGGAGCUUUUUGAGGAAAAUGAAAGGAAGAAGCUCGCAAUUUUCACUGCACUUGCUUUCUCCCAGAAAUUGUCAGGGUUGCCACCCGAGGCUGUCUUCCACCCCCUACUCAAGGACAAUCUUGUGGGCAAAGGACUAGUUCUUCCAUUCAUAACAGAUUUCUUCAAGGAGUAUCUGGUGGAUAAUAGCCUGGAGGAUUUAAUUUCAAUUCUGAAGCGAGGGAAAAUGGAGGAUAAUCUCAUGGACUUCUUCCCUUCUGCAAAGCGAUCUGCUGAAGGUUUUUCUGAGCAUUUUACCAAGGAAGGGUUGGUGCCUUUGGUUGAAUACAAUGAGAAAAAAAUAUUUGAGGCAAAACUGAAGGAUAUGAAGUCUGCUUUGACGACCCUGAUAGCUGAGGAUUCUGACAUAUCUGAAGUCAUUGAAAUUGUUAAGCAACGUGUCAAAGAUGCUAAUCUACCUGAUAUUGAGGUUGUACGAAUUCUGUGGGAUGUAUUAAUGGAUGCUGUUCAGUGGUCUGGAAAAAACCAACAGCAGAAUGCCAAUUCGGCAUUGCGACAGGUCAAAACAUGGGCAAAGCUGUUAAAUUCCUUCUGCACCAGUGGCAAACUUGAGCUGGAACUUAUCUAUAAAGUUCAGAUGCAAUGCUACGAGGAUGCAAAAUUGAUGAAACUAUUCCAUGAGAUUGUUAAGUCUCUCUAUGACCAGGAUGUCCUUGCUGAAGACACCAUUCUUCAUUGGUUCCGCAAAGGAACUAACCCAAAGGGCAGGCAAACCCUUGUGAAGUCUCUGGAGCCCUUUAUAAAGUGGCUGGAGGAAGCAGAGGAAGAGGAAUAAGCGCGCCAACAAUAAUGACACGAUCUCUUUCGGAAUAGAUUGUGAUCAUCAGCCUUGUACUUGCUGUUUUUAUUAACUAUAUCUAUUCAUGAGACAAUGAACUGAUUAUCGGGAGAUCCUUUGACAUUUGCUGUGUCUGUGAAAACAUGUUAUGCCUAAGAUCUAUUGACUAUUACUUGUAAUAAACAAUAUUAUUGCUCUGUAUUGACUAUAUUUAUGGUGGCUACUUCUUGUG